AUGGCGUACGAGACGUAUAUCAAGCGCACCCUAACCAGCAUUAAGAAGUCCAUCGAAGAUAAGUUUCAUGAUGACUCCAUUAAUACUCUACCCGGCGACGUUAACGCUACUACUAGUACGGCCACCGCGGACCUUCCCCCCGAGGAAGAUGACGCCGGCUUACGCGAGGAAUCGGACGACUAUACGGUGUAUACGUCCCUCUUUACCGGCCUCUUCUAUCGGGUCGUCUACGACGAAGCCUAUAAGGUUAAGAACCCUAAGACGAUGAACGCGAUCGCCAUCGAGAAACUGUACGCGCUUAAGAAGUGGUUCAUUACCGCUACGCCUAUAGUAAACCGGGUGUCGGACCUCCUAGAGUACCUGUACCUCCUCUAG